AUGAAGAGAAUUGCAAUCUUUAACGCUGACGAGGAAAAGGAGCCCCUCAAGCAAUGGGGAGACUUCGCGGACAUGGCUGUGACCAUGUUGGAGGCGAGCCGCGAUAGUAGUACUCCUGAGGUUGAAUACAAGAUUUUCCAAGUUUACCGAAACGAGUUUCCUACCCUGGAGGAGCUGAAGGACAACGGCUACAUCGGCUUGUAUAUCACUGGAUCUGACUACGACGCGCAUGACCUGGAAACAGGGUGGAUCAACAAGCUGAGACAGUUCUUGCGGGUGAUGCUCCACGAGCCCGGAUACCCACCUAUGACGGGCGUUUGCUUCGGGCACCAGAUUAUUGCAACAACCAUGGGCUGCAAAGUGGCACCCAACCCCGCAGGCCAUGAGGGCGGCAUAGCUCAUCUGGCCGUUACGGAUAGUGCGGUGGAGGCGGGGCUUUUCCAGAAGCCCGAAUUCGACGGGCCCACAAAAGAGCUUUACCUUUCCGAGCUGCACAACGACAUUGUCCACGAGGUCCCGGAAGGUUACAUAAACAUCGCCUCCUCAGAAAAGUGCCCCAUCCAGGGCCUCUACAAGAAAGGUUUAGCAUUGACGUUCCAGGGACAUCCCGAGUUUAUCACCGAAGCCGCUAUAAAGUGCGGAGAGAGCAACUACGAGAACGGUGUCAUUACGGCCCGAGAGCUAGCCGAGAUUAGAGAGACCGGCGAGCUGCACGGGAACGACGGUGUGUUCUUUGCCGAGUACAUUUGGAAACUUUUCAAGCGCGAAAUCUGA